AUGUCAGACCAGCCUAUGUGCUUCAUCUGCGAAAGGAUGAUGUCUAGGCCGAGCUCAGCGCAACGAGUCAUCCUCUCACAUCCAGAUGAAUUGCAACACUGUUUGCUCUGCAAUCGAAUAUUCUGUGCAACACACAAAGCGGUUGAAAACAACACUAUUUGCGAGAUCAACCAUCAGAGUUAUUUUCGCAAUCACCCGCAAUUGCAUGGUACGGGGACAAUUUUUCGAAACAUGGAACAUCGAAACAUAGAGAUGGAUCCGUCCAAUGCUGGGUUGGAUCGGGCAAAGAAAGUGAUGAUGGAGAGAGAAGCAAUUAAACAAAGAGUAGAGGAAGAAAAAGGAGGAUCGAAGAAGCGGCUAAGAGAGAAGGGACAAGCGAGGAAUUUGCAAACCAUGAGUAAACUUGGAAGUGAAGGAAGGCUCUCAGGGCACUACUGUCUCAGAUGCAACUUGCAAUUAGGCGGAUCUUGA